AGUUGUCAGUAUUGUUUAGGUGCACGUCAGGAGCAGAGGACGCCGUGUGUUCGGAUGCGACAGAGCUGGACAGCGAUUUAAAAACUCCGUUAACCGUUUAUAUUAACCGGUUAACGGACAGUGUCUUGAUGCGGAGGACAGUUUAACGGAAGGCGGCAGCUGCUCCCGGUGCUAACGUUAGCUGUCACUUCAGACCUGCCGGAGGAAACAACAAAGUGUUUCUUUAAAUGUCUCGCGGCUGAAAGUAACGCUCGCCGCGGGAAACGUCAGUGUUUUUCGGGAGGACAAAUGUGUCUCAUGGACUCGGACAUGAAGACAAAUAAGGAGUAAAAACGCCUUCAGAUCUACGACAGCUCUGUGUUGACAUCUGCUGCAUCCUUCAGAUUGAAGCUAGCUCGCUGAUGUUAGCUAGCUUCAUAUGUUGCUGUAGCUUAUAUAUUGCAGACUCGCAGGUUCAAUCAUCCAGUGUCACCAAACCAGCUAACAGUAUUUUGUUAGCUAAUGUUAUUGUUAGCAUGUUUGCUAACCAGACUUGCUCCGGGCAGCAGCUAUGGCGCGAGGUGUAGCCACAGGGUUAUGUCACAGUCGGGCUAACAGAUAGCUCGGUGUCUGCAGCCAGCUCCACCGUUUGCAUGGUCAUGUCCAGCAGGCUUGGCAUCAUGUAGACUGUCCCUCUGAUCAGGUUAGGUGACCGGGGGACACGCAGUGUGUUAGUGAGCCUCCUCGGAGAGCAGAGCAAAGCUGGACUGCAGCUAUCCAACUGGGUCAAAGACUGACAGCUGGCACUGAUAACACUUUAGCACAGAAUCGUCGCUAGCCAUGCUCAGAGCAGUCCGCUCUGUGUGAUAUUACAAACAUCCCAACCCACUUGGAGUGCGCGUGAAUGCAUCAUGUCCCGACUGCAUCUCUUAUUUAUGCAAUAAGGCAGCUUGUCAUGAAAUAAACCCGCAGCUAGCGAACAAGCAGCAUCGCCAGGACUGAGUGGAUAAUUUGCCCCGGAGGAGAGCAACAUUCAAGGCUUAUCCACCAGCUGGACCAUCGGCCCCGCCGCGAUGGAGACGGUGGGAGAUUUCGAGUACAGCAGAAAAGACCUGGUUGGUCAUGGAGCAUUUGCUGUGGUGUUCAAAGGGAGACACAGGAAGAAGACCGACUGGGAGGUGGCCAUCAAGUGCAUCAAUAAGAAGAACCUGUCCAAGUCCCAGAUUCUUCUUGGCAAGGAAAUCAAAAUCCUGAAGGAGCUGCAGCAUGAAAACAUUGUGGCACUUUACGACGUCCAGGAAACUCCCAACUCUGUUUUCCUGGUGAUGGAGUACUGUAACGGAGGUGAUCUCGCCGACUAUCUGCAAGCUAAAGGGACCCUGAGAGAAGAAACGCUGAAGGUUUUCCUGCAGCAGAUCUCUGCAGCCAUGCGCAUCCUCAACAGCAAAGGAAUCAUCCACCGCGACCUGAAACCCCAGAACAUCCUGCUGUCGUACACGGGCCGCAAGAAGUCCAACAUCAGCGGCAUCCGCAUCAAAAUAGCUGACUUUGGCUUUGCACGGUACCUUCAGAGCAACAUGAUGGCCGCCACACUGUGCGGGUCCCCCAUGUACAUGGCCCCGGAGGUCAUCAUGUCCCAGAACUACGACGCCAAGGCCGACCUUUGGAGCAUCGGGACGGUCAUCUACCAGUGUCUGGUCGGCAAGCCGCCGUUCCAGGCCAAUAGUCCCCAAGACCUGAGGAUGUUCUACGAGAAGAACAAGAAUCUACAACCGAUCAUCCCGCGGGAGACUUCCCCACAGCUCAGUGACCUUUUGCUUGGGCUGCUGCAGAGGAAUCAGAAAGACAGGAUGGACUUUGAUGCGUUUUUCAGCCAUCCCUUCAUGGAGCCGUCGUCCACCAUUAAAAAGUCGUGUCCGGUGCCGGUCCCCAGCGCCUCCAACACAGUGACGGAUUGUUCCUGUGGCAGCUCGCCGUGUAUCCGCUACAACUCUCCUCCGUCUCUCCCCGACAUGCAGACUCUGGCAGAAGAUGGUCUCUCAUCCCCUCCGCUCGGUCCGCCCAACUUCCUGCAGCUGUCCAAAGAGUCUGCAGGAAGCACCAGCAGCAAGAACUCGUCGUGUGACACUGACGACUUUGUCCUGGUGCCUCACAUCUCCACUGACAGCUAUGACCAACCAAUGGGAGUGGGCCGUCGGCCGUCCAGCGAGUUCCUAAUGUGCGGAGGGCAGCCGCAGCCCACCCCGGGACAGACGCCCAUGGUGUCCCCACGGGCCGAGACCACCCCGAUCCCCGUCCCCACCCAGGUCCGCAACUACCAGCGCAUCAAGCAGAACCUCUCCAGCAGCCCGACCACCACGCUCUACAGCUCCCCCAGGUCCGGCACAGUGAGGCGCUCCAACACUAGUCCUAUGGGGUUUCCCAAAGUGGGCUCCGGGUCCCCCAGCUCCGCAGAUGUCGCUCAGACGGUGGGCCGCCGCCUCUCCACCGGCAGCUCCCGGCCCUACUCCCCCUCCCCCCUCGUGGGAACCAUCCCGGAGCAGCUGGGUCACUGCUGCUGUCACCUGCAGAGCCACGAGCCGCGCAGCCGGAGCUCCUCAGGAGGUUCCCCCGUCCCGUCCUCUCAGCUCCUGGGGGCUCGGCUCCAGAGCGCCCCCACCCUGACCGAGGUCUACCAGACCAGGCAGAAGCUCCACAAGCAGCUGUCGGACCCCGUCCAGCCUUCGUCCUCCUCCUCCUCCUGCAGUCACUCCCCUCAGCUCGGCCGCCCGGCCAACCUCGGCUCCUCCCCCACCAAGCUGCUGGGCUCCUCCCCCCGGACGUCUGACUGGCUGCAGAAGUCCCCCCUCCCCACCAUCAUCGGUUCUCCCACCAAGAUCAUCUCGGCUCCGUUUAAGAUCCCAAAAACGCAGGCGUCCUGUAACCUGAUGGCGUUGGCCGACAGUCCCGUGCCCGCCAAGAUGCUGGCAGAUGUUCGGGAUAUCUGCGCCCAUCACUGCAGCCCGUACCUCACCGGGCGGCCGGCGGCCCCCGAGGCCAGCCGCACCUUCGGCAGGUCUGUGAGCACGGGUCGACUGUCUGAGCAGCCAAUCAGAAUCACUCUGGGCGGACAGGCCUAUCAGGGCAGCACAGAGAGCCUGAACACGGAGCGACCCAUGGACACAGCCCCUGCAGGUCCCAGCGGGCUGGCUCACGGCGGCUCAGCGAGUCCCCGUACUGUCCUUUUCACCGUGGGUUCACCGCCCAACAGCAGCACUCCUCCCACCUGCAGCCACCUGUGCACCCGACCACGCACCACCUCUGUGGGCUCCAACAGCUCGGCCGGCUCCCUGUGCUCCACCAGCGGUCGCAACUACGUCGGCUCCCCCCCGGGCAUGGCCAUGGGCUCCUCUCCCCCAGGAGGGUUUGGGGGCGGGCAGCUUGUCCCCGGGGCGGAGGGGGCGCCCAGCAGUCUGCGCUACGUCCCCUACGGCACCUCUCCUCCGAGCUUGGAAGGGUUCAUCACCUUCGAAGCCCCAGAGCUGCCUGAGGAGACGCUCAUGGAGAGAGAGCACACAGACACCCUGAUGUACCUGCGGAUGAUGCUGUCCUUCACCGACUGCGUCCUGGAGAUGGCGGCAGUUCGAGCCGGGGGGGCGGAGCUGGGCGUUUCGGCGGCCUCCCUCUACCCUCCCCAGGACAGCGUGGUCGUGGACCAGAUCAGCCAGCUCAGCAAAGAGUGGGGGCAGGUGGAGCAGCUGGUGCUCUACAUGAAGGCGGCGCAGCUCCUCGCCUCCUCCCUCCAUCUCGCCAAGGCUCAGAUCAAAUCAGCCAAACUCAAUCCUUCCACUGCUGUCAAACAGGUGGUGAAGAAUCUGAACGAACGUUACAAAAGCUGCAUCUCUCUCUGCCGACGACUCACCGACAAACUCAACCACUUCUUCUCUGACAAGCAGCGGUUUGUGGACGAGAUCAACAGCGUCACCGCCGAGAAGCUCAUCUACAACCAUGCUGUGGAGAUGGUUCAGUCAGCAGCUCUGGAUGAGAUGUUCAAACAGACGGAGGACAUCGCCUACCGCUACAGUAAAGCCGCCAUGCUGCUGGACGGUCUGUCCAAGAUCCUGCAGGACCCCACGGACAUCGAGAACGUGGUCAAAUACAAGGCGAGCGUGGACCGCAGGAUCUCCGCCCUCUGCUACUGCACUGUCACACUGUACGAGUAGCAGACACACACACACACACACACACACACACACACACACACGGGGACCACGUCCUGAGACUGUCGACUCCCGCCCUCACAGAGCCGCUGUUCCCUCCUGUAGCAGUUCAAGCACUUUUUCGUUCGACAGGUUUCAUGUGUAUUUAUCGUCGGUCGCGGCCGUGACUGUGACUGACGCACAAACUCAACCAAAGACGACCACGGAUCAGAAACUGAAGGCUGAACCCCGAUGUGGACACCACUUUUUUUUUCUACAUGAAAUACACAAACUAAUGUCCAUCCAUGGUUUUAGGAUCAUUUGUUUUUUUACCGGAGGAGGAGGAGGAGGAGGAGGAGGAGGAGGAGGAGAGAGGAGCGGACUGAGCUUCAAGAGACUCGAGCUGUUUCAUCUUUUAAAAUCCUGCUCGUCAUCACUUGAUGUCGGCGGUUAUUUACUCUGUUGAAGUUGUUGUUGUUCUUAUUUAUUGGUUGAGAGGAACGUGGAUGUUGGAGUCUCCUGCCGAUCUUGAAAACCUGAAGUAUUGGAGCGGAGGGAAACGGACCGAGCUCACAGACAGUCCUGUUACAGAACCUCUGAGCAAACCGACCUGAACACUUCCUGUUCAUUUUCUCAUGUCGUCAGCUGAAGCACUUUACAGCCAGGAGGAGACGAGAGCCUGGGGGGGGCGGGGCUUCACCUUCAGCACUCACCUGCUCUGUGUUUAUGAUCAACAAGUCCACUGCAUACAUUUCCCAUAAGGCACAGCAACAAGCGGAAACAGUGCAGUCAGGUAUCUGUGCAGUUAAAGGGACAGUCCACUGAUUUCACCUGUUUAAUUCCCUUUUUUUAUUAGAAAACAAGAGUAAUAAAAGUAAAAUAAAAAAAUAUAAAAAUAAAUAUAAUGGAAAUAAGAUGUAAUGAAAAAAACAAAGUAAAAGGCAAAUUGAAAUAAUAAAUAUUUUUUGUUUCAAAAUAAAACUGAGACAAAAAAUAUUUAUGUAGUUAUCAGAUUAUUCCUCUUUAAAGAGUUCAUUAUAUAGUUUGACAGUUUUAUUGUUUUUAGCAUUAAUAAGAUCAAGAGUUUUAAUAUAUUAAUAAUAUAAUAUAAUACAAUAUAAUAUUUCUCUGAAUUCCCCUAAAAACCCAGUAAACAUGGAGCUGACUCUCCCUCUGCUUCCUUAACCCAGAUGAUGUCAUCAGGGUCGUUACUGCAGUGAUGAUGUCAUCAGGGUCGUCUCAGCCUGUGUUGUGGAAUCUGACGGGCAGGCGAGUGGCAUUAUGGGAAAUGUAGGAUUUUAAUGUUUCUGGUGCUAACCCGUAUUAAAGAUUAAAACUUUACUGUUUCUGCUGCUUCGAAUUUGACAAAUCUUUAUUUAAACCGUAGAAGUGAGACAGUAAAUUGGUGGAAUGUCCCUUUAAUUCCAGUUGUGUCCAACGUGUGAAAAACAGUUUAAAUUUACAGCUUCACUUUCCUCCGGAUCGUUCUCAAACUUCAGGCGAACGUUUUGCACGUUGAACGCAGCGCAGUCGCUCGAGGAGGUUGAAGACUCUCACGCCGUUUCCCUGGUUACUGUGUUGUGUGGGAAUCCAACAGUGACGUGUUGAUCAUGUUGCUGAUGACGAGGAGUCGCAGGCCCUGGUCCCGUCACCUGGGCAGGUGUUCACUCUGAACCCCUGAUGACAAGUUACCUGGAUGAUAAGUUUCAUUUUACUAAAAAAAAAAUAACUACAGCUUUUUAUGUUUGUCAGUUUCUCUGCAGCUGAUUUUUUUUAACAGAACGUGAUGUUUGCAGACUUGUAUAUAUUUGUAUGUGAUGAUUCCUUUCUCCUGUUUUCUGGGAGGUGUGUGUGUGUGUGUGUGUGUGUGUGUGUGUGUGUGUGUGUGUGUGUGUGUGUGUGUGUGUGUGUGAGAUCACAGUUUGAGUUUCGGUCGGUCAACGAGCACAAAUCUUUAUAUGUACAUAGAUGAAUUUGAUACGAUUUCCUGUCGUCUGCCAAGGCUUUGAUCAGGAAGCGGUCGUGGCACGGAGCCGUGCCAAAGAAUCAAAGACUCUCGUGGCAGCUCUGAACUCUUUCUACCAGGACUCUUCAUCGUCGAGAUCGACACACACACGUCUGUUCAGUGGAUCUCACCAACUGUUCAGAAAUCAGCGUGACGUCCUCAGACUGUCUGGAGCCGCUCGCACAAAACACCUUAAGUUUUCCACUUAAGUCUGACACUUAAGGUUUAAUUUCUCCUCAGCUGCGGCAGUUACUUAAAGGUGUUGCACAGAAUCUUUUAAAAGGUGAAAAAAGUUAAGUGAAAGAGACCUACUGUUUCCAUGGAGACCGUUUGUUUGCUGACAUUAGCACUUGUGACACCUGUCAUCAGUUUUGGGAGGCCGCCAUCUCGUCCUCGACUACACCUGACAUUAAAAUGUAGAGCAACCUGACUGCCAAUCAAAUGUGUAAUGUAGAACCACUUCCUCAUUGUUAAGGGGUUCUUCCUCUCUUCUUAGGACGUGUUCAUUCUCCUCAUUUAUCACCAUAACCUUUUUGUAAACUGUUUUUAAUUUAAAGAAAACCUAAACUCGGACUUUAAGGAAACUCUUCAGGUGUUCUGUGGAACCGGCUCCUGCUCAUUUCCCUAAGUUUGGUGAAACUUUGACUCGUCACAAUCUGCACUGCCCAGCAUCCACUCAGUCUGUCUGCUGUCCUCCCAGCACUGUAUGUACUGUAUGUAUGUAUGAGUGUAUAUAUAUGUAUAUAUAUGUAUACACACAGGUGCACUUGCCAGGUGUGCAUUAAGGCCAGUAGAAUACAGUUAAUGAUGGAAAAGCAGGUGCCUUCUUCUCGUGAACCGGACAUAGGCCUGCUCCUGUGUACAGGUGUGAAUACGUUCUUUUCUCCGUGUAUAAAGGCGUGUAAAUGCGUAAAUGCGUUCACAGGCUCCCAGUGGAUUCUGGGAGCCUGUUCCUCGGAUGUACUGUUCUUUUUUCUACACAUAUCUGGGUUUCAGUUUCCCUCAUCCACAUGAAGCCUUUCACUGCACACAGAGUGAAGGGGGGGGGCUGAUAGAAACCCGCUUGAAUCUUUGCUCUGUAACUGAAGAUGGACUGUUUUUAGAUGAAGCAUGGGUGGAACAUGGAGUCUGUAUAUUCCCCUGUAGAACCUCUAGAAUCUUGAAUGUAUGUACCCUGUUGUUUCCCGCCUCUCCAGCUUGACCUGAAUGCAUUUUGAGAAAAUAAAUAAAAACCCCACCGUCAGUCACGACCCUGAAAAUGCAACUUUCCAAGCACCGUUUUUUUCAAAGAGAAAUGUUAACGUUAAACUUGUCUCUGUUCUUUCUGGAACUCAGAUCCAGUCUUUGUUAUUAAAAAGAGGAAACUUGAA